AUGUUGAUGUCUAACAGUAUUACCGAGUUACUGAUCACAUGUUUAAUUCAUGCAAGUGUCGGUCAAAUGCAAUUUCAACAACCCUACAUUAUGAAUGAUAUACAAGAUAGUAGGGAUACAUCAUCGAGUUCUCCAAGAUCAUUGAAAAAUGCUAAUAUAUCAUCCUAUUUAUGGCAUUUAUUUCAAAGUCGAAAUCAACAUUUUCGUCAAAUGCAUAAACCAGUCUUAUAUUAUACAUCAAAUAAUGAUGAUAAUAAUAAUAAUAAUACAACUUGGAGAGCACUCAAUAAUUCUGAUAUCUUCAAUCAUAAUCAUAAUAAUAAUAAUAAUAUAAAAAACAUUUCCCAAGUUAUGAUACUCUUCAAACACUGGAAAAUGUGA